GAUGCCGCUUGAACUCGUUCCAUCACCAUGCCGCCUUCAAGUUGCUUUCUCAAACCUGGCCUGGGCUGGCGUUGCUUGACAGGAUGCUAGUCCUUGCAUCGAAUCCCCGUUCAAGAGGCGAAACUUGUGUACAAACGGAUUUUUGAAUAAACUAAACUCGCUCAUAACAUUCAAUUUGAAAACGCGCAUUGGAUGCAAAAAAUAAGGGAAUUGACCUGGUUGAACUAUGCAAGCUUUAAGAAUGGAAAAGUUGGCAAUUUUACUCUCGAGGUGGCUGCAAUGACAACAAACCACGACUGGCAAUAUGCUAUAUUGUCUGACGCAUGCCAAAAACCCGACAGCGCAACUGCAAUCUAUCCAUCUAAUCUAAGUCUCACAUUGUAUGAAGUCAAGCGGAUAUCCUCCCUUAAAAUAUCAGCAGGUUUCAAUGUGGCGUUGCAUCAUCUCUAACUGUCUUCAUAUGUGAAUCAGAGCAGAGAUGGGAUCAGAAAAUGCAACAAAGGCUUGCAGAAUAUGAAUAUCUAUUUUUGUUGAGCUGGAAAAUUUUAAUGUAUGGAUCUUCUGAAACCCGUACCCGUGUCUGCCCAACCUGGCCGCAAUGUAUUGCAUUCUCAUUACUACUUGCGUUGCGGUCUCACUCGACUGGUGCAGUGCAGCCUCACUCAAGGCUCGCAUAGUCCAUCGUGUCUCUUGUGAUAAUUGGGAUCCUUGGAUCGAGACACAGCCGGAAUGAUCCUCACGCAAGAGCAACUUGAGCGGUUAUCAGCCUUACUCGGCGAUGUGAGAGUAGCGCGCCCCGUAUUUGGCAAACCAAUCGGAUAUAUUCCCCAGAAGCUACCAGUAGCUGAGAAGCAGGAGUUGCAUGUUGAUCCGACUCCGCUGGACAUUCAUCUCGGGACGGCCACAAGCCAAAUAAUUUGAUGGAUCAGCGCUGCUGGAAUUACUUUCAAUGCUGAUGUAUGUUUAGUAUUUGGGUAAACGCCAUCAUAUUGUCGUGCGAGGAUCCACUUGGUAACUUGCGAUCUCUCCUCUCAGUUACCCGAGCGGAUCCACGUUAAUGAAACAACAGAGUCGCUACUUCUCCAUGAGCUGGAACUUCAGGCGAACAACCAAUCCGUUGUC